CUAAGUAGUAAGUAUAGUAUAUAUAGUAUAUACUCUAUAGCGCUAGUAGUAGAGACUUUUAUAAUACUAUAUAUAUUAGCUAUAUAUAUUUUAUAUAUACUUACUAAGCUAAGCUUAAGUAUAGAUUUUCUUACUUUACUCUACUUUUUUUUUACUAAAAGCUUAUUCUAUAAAGUAGGUAAAUACUAUAUUAGUAAGUUACUCUUUUACUUAUAG